UUCCCUGCUGGGACCGCUGCUCCAUUCUUGGAUGUGGUUUCAAUACGUUUGUAGAACUCGAUAAUAGCUACUUGAUUCGAAAUACUCCAAUUCCGAGCACCACUGCCUUAGCGUUUUUUGACCUAGAAACAACAGGGCUAUCGAAAACAUCCGAAAUCGUCCAAGUCUCCGCCAAACUCGGUUUGCAAAAAUUCAACGCUUUCAUUGUGCCCUCACAUGGCUUUUCACCGAGUGCGUCUCUCUGACAGGGUUGAGUGUGGAUGAUGGAGAAUUGUUUCGAAAUGGGGAAAAGAUGAGAACCAUGCCGCGCAGGCUGGCCUUGAAAUCUUUCAUCGACUUCUUGACACCUGAUCCUGUAAUCCUCAUUGCCCAUAAUGGCGGACGUUUUGAUGCCCCUAUGCUGUUGAACGAGUUGAGAUCUCUGGGAUUGUUGCAAGACUUUCAAUCAGUGGUGUUUGGAUUCUGCGAUACUUUGCCUCUUUUGAAGAAAAAACUACCAGAAAGAAUAAAAGCUAAAAAGUCUUUUCGUCAAUCGGUUUUGGCUGAGGAUUUAGUGGGGAGCAGGGCUGCCGAUGGUAAUCAUAAUAGUUUAGUAGACGUUAGGAUGCUGUCCAAUACAAUUGAGUGUGUAGGCAUCAACAACAAAAAACUACGAUCCAAUUCCGUGACUGUACACUCGGUACUUAUGACACAGGUGGAAGCUGCUAAAACUAAAGUAAACAGGCAUGGUUUGGAUUGCCUGAAGGGGGGAGUAUCCACAAGAAUGCUUACGAAAAUGGCGAAGGCUGGUGUAACUAUCGACUCUCUAAAGAAAUCGUAUUCUGAUGGUGGCGAAGACGCGGUUACUAUGUUUUUAGGAGAAGAUGUACGGCCGCCCUUGCGUCACGAAAAAUAAGAAGAUUUUGCUUAGUUUAAUUACAGAGAUUAAAAAAUUACUAUUGUAGCCA